AUGGCAAGUCAUGAUGUGCGGCGAAGCGCUGUCCCGACGGAGAGGACGCCGGAGGCACUCCAAAAGGAACUCAAGGAAAUCCGAGUGUAUCAGCAACUCGUCGAGGAAGUGAACCAGAAGAUUGAAGCCCGAGAUUUCACACCAGAACUACUUCAGAAAACGGCAGCAUUACUCAAGAAGAAUCCAGAAUAUUAUACUAUAUGGAAUCAUCGACGGCGAAUAUACGUGCAAGAGUUCUCCGAUUUGAGUCAAGCCGUGGCGGUGGGCGAAAAGACUGAGGAGAAUCGCCAAAGUGAGAUUUUGGACAUCAUUCAGCUCGACCUACAGUUUCUCUUCCCACUCCUGCUCAAAUAUCCGAAAUGCUACUGGAUCUGGAACCACCGACUCUGGCUUCUAGAACAGUCAACGAUUCUCCUACCGAUUUCCACAUCCCGCGAUUUAUGGCAGGAGGAACUUGGCCUGGUGGGAAAGAUGUUGAGCAGAGACAAUCGCAAUUUUCAUGGCUGGGGAUACCGUCGGACGGUAGUGCAAAGCCUCGAGAGUUCAGCCUUGCAUGGGGAGAGUAUGGCUCGUGGAGAACUUGGGUACACCAAGAAGAUGAUUGGGACCAACCUGUCCAACUUCUCGGCAUGGCAUAACAGAAUCAAACUGAUCUUGAAAAUUCUGGAAGAGGAGAAGGCAAACGAUGAAGAGAGACGGAAAAUGCUUGAUGAAGAGCUCAAGCUUAUUCAUCAAGCAUUAUUCGACCCAUACGAUCAAUCAUUAUGGUUUUAUCAUCAGAAUUUAAUGUGCACGUUUGAUCCGGGCCAGGCGGCGAGGGGCAUGGCGCCGCAUUUGUCGGAUGAAGAACGGUUGAGAUAUGUCGCGGCAGAACAAGAGUACAUCGAGGAAGUACUGGAAGAUGCCGAGGAUUGUAAAUGGGCAUACCUGGCAUUGAUCGAGAGUACUUUGAUCGAGUCCAGACUGAAAGGUGGAUUGACUACGAAGGAGGAAAGCAAGAUGUCGGAGUGGGUCAAGCAAUUGCACAAGCUUGACCCGCUACGCAGAGGACGUUGGCAGGACCUGGAGCAGAGGCUGAAGAAUAAUACUGUGUGA